CGGAAGCGGCGGAGGCGCAGCCAGACUCUUCCGGCGGCGGGCGAUGACGCGUUGCCGGGGCCGGAAGCCGGAAGCGCUGUGACGGGCGCGCGGCGGGAGCGGCGGGCGGGGGCUGCGCCGCGUCCGGCCGAGGCCGCGGGGCCAUGACCGAGUACAAGCUGGUGGUGGUGGGCGCCGGCGGCGUCGGCAAGAGCGCGCUGACCAUCCAGCUCAUCCAGAACCACUUCGUGGACGAGUACGACCCCACCAUCGAGGAUUCGUAUAGAAAGCAGGUUGUUAUCGAUGGCGAGACAUGCUUGUUAGACAUUCUGGACACCGCGGGCCAGGAAGAGUACAGUGCUAUGCGUGAUCAGUACAUGAGAACCGGGGAAGGAUUCCUCUGUGUUUUUGCUAUUAACAACAGUAAAUCCUUUGCUGAUAUUAACCUUUACAGAGAACAGAUCAAGAGAGUGAAAGAUUCAGAUGAUGUGCCAAUGGUGCUAGUUGGGAAUAAGUGUGAUUUGCCCACAAGAACAGUAGACACAAAACAGGCUCAAGAAUUAGCAAAAAGCUAUGGAAUUCCCUUCAUAGAGACAUCUGCUAAAACGAGACAGGGUGUGGAAGAUGCUUUUUACACACUGGUGAGAGAGAUCCGGCAGUACCGGAUGAAAAAGCUCAACAGCAAUGAAGAUGGGAAUCAAGGCUGUAUGGGACUGUCUUGCGUUGUGAUGUGAUAAGAUGCCAAGAAUACAUGGUUCAGAUGUAGCUGCUGGACGAGUCUCGAUGCUACUGUAUUGCGUCUCAUGCUGAUGCCCUGCAGUAUUUUGGUGCCAGUGACCAGAAUCUUGGUACCAGUUAAUUAGCACAAGGUCCUUUUCUGUGCUCCAUCUGAAGAGAACAUCUAUGGCGUCUACCUCCUUGCUCAGCUAAUGGAGCAGUUGCAUCUCUUGAUGUACUGGGUUUCUUUUCUCACUGUGUUAUCUGGGUUUGUUAAAGAAGAAAACCAGUCACAAGAAAAGUGAACUUUAGAGACUAAAUGCUGUGAAAAAGAUGACACUUUACCUCUAGAGUAAAAACUAGAAGUGAUGUUUGUCCCCUUUCUUUUGGAUUCUGAUUUGCAGUGCUGUCAGAGGAGUGGCACUAAUCAUUGCUUGGCAGGUAAUGUCAGGAAUGGUUUUGCCACCAUGAAUGCUCCUGUCACGUAUCGGACUGGUAUCUGCUCUCUGUGCACCCGUACAGCAUAUUUCCAACAUCUCCUUUGUGCCAGCAGUACCACUUAACUGAUCUUCGUUUUCGGUAAUAAAAAGGAGAUAUCUUUCCUAACUUAAGUGCCUGUUUGCUAAGAAGAUUUGAAGUUGUCCCCUGUUCCCUUGGGUUGAGAGAAACCCCAAGGACCAGAAUUUCUUGGGAGCUCAUGGUCUUCUGCAGGCAAGUCUUGCGUGGGUGAUCUCUUUGCCUGACAGGAUACUAAACCAGGAAUUCGUGGUCUGGAAGAUCCAGCAGGCACUUGCAAGACUCUGAACUGGCCGGGGAGGGGGGGGACAUACUGUGUCUGUUUUUUACUUUCUUUGUAGGUGGAACUGUUUAUAUUGUUUUUCUGCAGCAUUCACAUCUCUUCCAAGUUGGACCAAAUUAGCUGUUAAUUUUUAACAUUAACUGCCAACAUUUAUGGGCAGCUUCUCAAUAGUUAAUCUCGUAACUGGAGGUUAGUUAGUUUGGACAGCUGUUAUUCAUCUCUGUCUGUAACUUGCAAAUUAUUUUACUCUGAAUUAUUUUCUUACCACCAGACUGUAGACAUAGUCUCUUCAAAAUGUCUCUCUGUGAAAUGUAGUUGGAGAGUCUCCUUGUAGGGAAGGAGUGUAGGAUUUCAGGUUCGCUGUAUUUGGUGCAGCGGGUGUCACGGACUUAGUGUGUCCAGACUGAGGGGGGAAGGCAAUGAGCUGUAACAGAAAACUGAGCUAGUUCCUGAUUGCCGCAUCCUUGUAAAAUGAGGAAGGAAGUGAGUUCAGUGAUGACUAUGCAGAAGGUGUGUGAAAUACUGGUGGGAAUCAGCCUCAAAGUACGAGAAAGUUGCUGCAUAAGCUGUAUGAGUUCUUCCUACAACAAAAGACGGUCACCUCCUGUAAUUGGGACAUACAAGCGUGGUCGCUGUUGCAAAAUUUUCCAGUGUUCCUUGGAAUAGCGUGUUCUUCCCUAGUUCUCGUGCUGCUGAUACUGGAUUCUGUUCUGUGUGGUCACAGCGUAUCCUGCAGCAAAGCUGAUGGGGUGGAAGAGCAAGGAGCCGUCAGCCAACAGAGGGAGUGUUCAGUCAGUCUGCCCAGCCGGUGUGAGCGGAGAAAUUGCGAGAGGCUUAAUUUCACUUUGUUGGUGUCAGAUUCAUGCAUCUUAUUUUGGAGUUCUCAAUUUCAAAUGGAAAUUAGAAAACAGACUGAGAGAAUGAAUUGUUCCUUUUAAUAUUGCUUCCUUCACUACUUGCAUUCUUCAUUCUCUUCUUGGAAUGAAGAGGAUCAGUCAGCAUCACAUUUUCUUUAUCCGUGAUAAUCAUUAUAAGUACUUUUUGCAAUUUAUUUUACCCUUAACUGUUGUGACAUUGAUUGGAAUUAAAACCACAGCAUUUUUACAUAAAACCUCCAGCAACAUACACAGUGGUGGGCAGCAUUAAGGAUUGCAUGGGCUGUGACUGGAGUUGAGUUUGUGUGGAGGUGAUCGCAUGCCUGCAAGUUAAAGGUGUCAGAAUUACCAUCGCUGCCAGCAGUCCCAUCUGUCAUCAGCAAGCAGUGUUAUUCUUUUAUUGGGUGCAAGAAGAGAAGUUAUGAAUGCAUUCUUUGAGCACUGUGGCGGGAGAUGACUGUCCGCUUCUAAAAAGCAGACGCACUGUUGUCCCCUUAAUAAAAUUACAUGUGGAAAAUGGUAGCUUUUGGGAUACACAUCUGGUCACAUAGACCCAGCAUUUUGGAAAGACAGCAAUGUGGCGUUUGCGGUAUGUUUGAAUGGUGAGAUCUGGUCAUCCAGGUUGAUGUAUGUUUUUUGAUUAUUUGGGAAACUUAGGAGUUUCCGUCCUGCAAAGUUCAGAGCACGACUGCCUGCGGCCAUGGGAAGCCUUUUGCGGCUGGCGUUUGAUGAUUGUGUGCCCAAGUAUGGAAAACUGUUUCUUUUGUACAGAGGCUGAUUGUAAUAAUUCUUCACAUUGCGCUACAUGUUCUGGUUGUCAUUAAAAACGUACUAGCUGUAACUCCAAAAGUUAGGAAUUCUCUGAAUUCUGUGGGAACUGGCAAAUGCAUCUACUUUCUUUCUCUUUGGUGUUCCCUUUCUCUUGGGCUAAUACAAAUCUUACGAGGGAAGAAGACCUUGUAAGGUCAGUAUCCGUUUCACCUUUGGAACCUCACAGGAGGAUGCACCAGCGUUUAGGGUGCUGCAGAGGUGACCCACACAGGUGUACUCCCGGCUGCAUUAUUUAAGGCUCAAAUAUAGGGAGUGAUACAAAAUCAGGGUGCUGUAUGAGUCACGAAGCAGAUGGUUGUAAUGGUUUCCAGCUGUCUAUGUAAGAGAACCCUGGUUUUGGUGGCAACAGACAGCUGUGGAAGGAUAAAACCCCAAGAAGUUUUGCGAAAAUUAUUUAGAAGAUAAGCAUAGAAGUUUUUGCACAAGGCACAAUCCCUGGAAAGGGGUUUUUGCAGAUGUAGUCCAAAUGUUGUUAUUUAGAACUAACAGCACAAGAUGGUGUUAGUGCCAAGCUAACUUUACUAUCCUGACUGAGAAGGACAGGCAUAAAGAACUUUGGGGUAAAAUAUUAAAAAAAGGGUAAAGCUAAUGUUCAAAAAUCACAAGUGCCAAUAACUGAAGGAAACGUUUCUGUUAUCGUGGACUGAGAACAGCUCUUUAACAAGAUAGUGUAACUCUGUGGCUUGUUACUGUUAGUGUCCUCACUCCGUGGUCUUGCUCAAACAACAGCGCUCGAAUUUUGUUCCUAUUGUCACCAGUAGGACUUCGGGUAGUAGCCACGAUGCCUAAACGAUCAUAACUUUCAGUACAGUUCAAUGACUUAGAAUUGGAUUUCAAGCAGCUUCAGGCCCGUGGGGGGAAGAAGAGGAAAUCUGCAUUACGUUCUGAUCCUGUACGUGAUCCCCCUUUACUCCCCAAGCCUCCGGUGACUGUUUGUGCGUAACCUCCAGGGUGGUGGAGAACUGUUGGGAUCUGGACUUCUUAUCCAAGGGCUAAUGUGUUGUUAAUCUGUAUAAUUAUUUGCUUUCAAUAAUGCAUCUCUUUGGGUUUGAAGUAAAUUAUUUUGCUUCUUAAAUAACUUUUUUAAAGAAUAAACUUUGA